GACCUUUACAUUAUUAUUUCCUGUCUCCUCCUGCUUUUACUUUGUUUUUCAUCAUUUUGUCCGGAUGUAUGUUAUCAAAUCCCACAAAUUCUUCUCGUCCGGACACUAUAAAAUUGAGCCAUAAUUCUGCUCCUUGCACUCUCUUUCUCUAAUUCCUGUAAUAUAUAUAUAUAUACUAUUUUUGUUUCCCAGCUAGCUUUCAUGGAGCCUUUGCCUGAUGAUGCUAAUAACUCUACUUGUUUAGAUUUAACCAUAGCCAUGCCUGGCAUAAUCUCUUCUUCUCCACUAUCUUUCCCAUCUUCAGGGGAAAGUGGUGGAGUGGCAAUGAAAGAAGUGGACAUAAAUGAAGCACCCUUCGAAGAAUGCAUGGAGGAAGAAGACGAUGAUCACGAAAGCCCAAUUCCAGGCCCAGGCCCAAGAAAGAAGCUCCGUCUCACCAAAGAACAGUCCUGUCUUCUUGAACAAAGCUUCUUACAAAAUCACACCUUAAACCAUAAACAGAAGGACAUUUUGGCCAUGGAAUUAAAAUUGAAACCAAGGCAAGUGGAAGUCUGGUUUCAAAACCGUAGGGCAAGGAGCAAGACGAAGCAAAGAGAGAUGGAGUGCGAGUACUUGAAGCAAUGGUUUGGACGACUAACGGAAGAAAACAAGAAGCUACAAAAGGAGGUCCGAGAUAUGAAGGCAGUACCGCCACGUAGCCCACACUCCACCCUCACUAUGUGUCCCAGAUGUCAGCUUGUUGCCACCACCCUAUACAAACAAAGCAUUUCAUCUUGAUAAUCCUCCUAAUUUUAAUUGCUUUCUAAUGCAUGCAUAUAGGGCUUCAUUUUUCUUUUCUUAUAAGUUAUUCUCAUAACUAGAGUCUGAUUUAGCAAUAUAAAGUUAACGUCCGGUCUAAUCU